ACAUAUGAUAGUGACAGCACAUACACAUUUAUCAUUAAGAUAUCAGCGCUAUAAAAUGGUACGCACAUCCAACUCGAAAGCAAUUCAAAGCAUGACCGUGGCCAGCAGCAGGACACAGUUCUGAGGAAAAAGGAUAAAAUAAAAGGCACACAACGGUUUCAAAUAGUAAAAGCAGCCAUGAAGACAUUUAAUUUCAAUCCACACUUCAUACUACUAAUUUGCUGCAUAUUCCGAGUCGCCACUUCAAGCGGCGCUGCGGCAGACGAAUUCGCUACCGCCGAGCAGACAGGCCAUUCAAUAGCGGAAGAGCCAACUACGCAAAGCUCCGACGCGCAAAUUUUCAUGGAAUAUUUUCGUUGGCAUGGCGUGCAUAACAUACUGUUGAUUGUCUGUCCGCAGGAUGCAGCCACCAGCGAAGAACAUCAUAAAUUGAAAACGCUACUGCGCCAAUUUAUUGCCAAUGGCUUUUCCACACGCAUAUUCAAUGGCGCAGACUAUGACGAAGGCGGCGGAGCUCCCAGCGCCAUGAAAGCGCAAACUGAACCCGAGCCAGUCAACAUGACAGUCAGCCCAACUGUUGACUCUACAAGGGACGCACCUGAAUUGAAUCGUGCUACAUACGGUCCACCGCGCACAUUCCGCAGCGAUAACAGCACCCGUCGUCCAUUGCGUCUCCAGCUGCCAGCGCUCACCUAUAAAUCAGGAAUACUGCUGUGGCGAUUUGGCAGCUCCUGCGCACUCAACGUGCUGCGCUGGGCCGCUGCCCCCGAGCACAACUAUUUCACCACAAAUCGCUUUUGGUUGCUCCACACCGAUGAGUCGACGCAUAUUUCACUGCUCGAGGAUGAGGACAUAUUUCUGCCACCGGAUGGCGAGGUACGUGCUGUGUUGCAGCAGCCAGACGCGCAAUUAUUCGCAUUGGUUGAUGUUUAUAAGAUAGCCGCAGACAGGCCUUUGCGUCGCACCUCGGUGGGUGGUCGCGAUUUGCGUAAUGCGGGGGAUAUGUUGCAGGCGCUAAGUAAAUUCGGUUCGGCCAUUUCUUAUCGUCAAAACUUGGAGGGUCUAACUUUCAAGACGGGUCUGGUGAUUGCCUUUCCCGAUAUGUUUACGAAUAUCGAGGACUUGUCUUUGCGGCAUAUUGACACCAUAUCGAAAGUCAAUAAUAGGCUCACACUGGAGUUGGCCAACAAGUUGAAUUUGCGCUUCAACACCCAUCAAGUGGACAACUAUGGCUGGCAUCAACCAAAUGGCUCAUUCGAUGGUCUAAUGGGUCGUUUUCAACGAUACGAACUAGACUUUGGACAAAUGGCCAUAUUCAUGCGUCUGGAUCGCAUCGCCAUUGUGGAUUUUGUUGCUGAAACCUAUCGCAUACGCGCGGGUAUAAUGUUUCGCCAACCACCACUAUCGGCUGUAGCCAAUAUCUUCGCUAUGCCCUUCGCCAGCGAUGUCUGGAUUGCUAUAUUACUACUGAUGAUCUUCACCAUUGGAAUAUUCAUGGUGGAGUUGGUGUAUUCGCCGCAUACACAUGAGAUCGAUAUAUUAGAUUGUGUGGUCUUCGUUUGGGGUGCGAUGUGUCAGCAGGGUUUCUAUGCCAAUCUACUCAAUCGCUCGGCACGUGUUAUCAUUUUCACCACAUUUGUAUCCACACUUUUCUUAUACACAUCAUUUUCGGCAAAUAUUGUCGCGUUACUGCAGAGUCCUUCGGAGGCCAUACAAACUUUGAGUGAUUUAACGCAGUCGCCGUUAGAGAUUGGCGUGCAAGAUACGGUCUACAAUAAAAUCUAUUUCAAUGAGUCCACCGAUCCCGUUACAAAUCACUUGUACCAUAAAAAAAUUGCACCAAAAGGUGAAAAUAUUUUCAUGCGCCCACCAAUCGGCAUGGAGAAGAUGCGCACCGGUCUCUUCGCCUACCAAGUGGAACUACAAGCCGGCUAUCAGAUCAUAAGUAACACAUUUAGCGAGCCAGAAAAGUGUGGGCUCAAAGAGUUGGAACCCUUUCAGCUACCGAUGAUUGCUGUACCAACCCGAAAGAAUUUCCCGUACAAGGAGCUCUUUCGUAGGCAAUUGCGUUGGCAGCGUGAAGUGGGCUUGAUGAAUCGCGAAGAGUUGAAAUGGUUUCCGCAGAAACCGAAAUGCGAGGGUGGUAUGGGUGGCUUUGUAUCGAUCGGCAUCACUGAAUGCCGUUACGCCUUGGGCAUUUUCGGUUUCGGAUUACUGCUUAGCGCUUUCAGUUUCAUUCUGGAAUUGGCUGUUAAUUACGCGUGGAAUUUAGUAAAGAAAAUACAUCGUAAUAAGAAACAGCGGGAGGCUAGUGGUGCUACUAAUGGCUAUACUGGUGACUUUCUAUAUUAGAUCAGCUUUAAUUAAUUAUGGUAUUUUAGAAAAAUGAAAUAAGAGCAAAUGUAUUUAAUAUGCAUAUAUUACCAGCUCACAUAAUCAAUAAUUCAAAAUAAAUUAGAUUUUUUGGUAUUCAG